UUGCGGUCUCCCGACUGGCCUUCUGGGUAGAGUCUGCGCGAGUGGGAGUGGAGCGAGUCGCUCGGUCUCGGCAGCGUUCAUCCAUUCUGUGCGGCACUCCCCGUACAGCUCCGUGCGUCCUCGGUGCGAACCGGGGUGUUCUCUCUUCGCUCGUCGAAGAAAACGCGGGACGGAAAGCUACACGGAAUAACCUUCAGCAAACCUUCCGAGACACGGAUUCCGGUGUCGGAGAGGACAUGGAGUGACUGAGAGCGAGGGAAAGGGGCUUUUUCCGAGGACGGCGUGCUCCGCUGAAACCCAACAUGGCGCUGCUGCGAGGUACGGCCGAGCUGAAUUAAUUUCUCCGCGAGUCCGCCGACCUCGCCACCUGUAUCCUUUGGGGGCCCGGGCCGCACAGCGCAUCGGCUCCCCGACUUAAAGGACCUUUGUUUUCUUUUGUGGAUUUCUCUACAUCCUGACGUUUGUUUUUCCUCCGCGCAGGAUCUUUUUUGUUGCUUUAUGGCUUCCCAAGUGACAUUUGCAGCAGCAAAAAAGUCCGCUUGAAAUAUAGGGUAAUGGAUGAGAGUUGCUUGUAGACAAUAGAAUCAGGACCCAGAGCUUUAUAUGUAAGACUUGUUCUGUUUCGUGACAAGUGGAUAACCUGUUAGGCACUUUUAGUUGUUUUUUUUUUCUUUGGCCGGGAUUGUCUGUCUCCAGCAGACAGGACCGUAACCGGGCCAGUCUACGUAUACGCACGGAUCGCUGUCCUCCUAGUUAACUUGGGAAAAACAGGAAAAAGGCGUUGAGGCGCACGGACGGCGGCUGGAACUAGCACCAAUUAACCAGGGCAACAUCUGUUCGUGAUGUCGAUGCUGAGACAGAAACCAACCUGGAACUAAGACAAGGGAACCACAUCACACAAACCAUGGUGGAUGCAAGGUUAACGCCACUGGCAGCGAUGGGGCUGGACCGAGGCACCCUGAUGCACGAUGGUCUUCGCAUUCAUGGUGGGGUUGUAUACCAAGGACUGAGAGCACUGCCAGCGGAGAAGAACAGAGAGACGCCCGGACUCCCCCUCAGUUAUAGCAGGGAUGGUAUCCCAGAGCUCAUCUACAAGCCUGAUGGCCCCCUGGACAGUCGUAAGCCCACUAAUGGAUACCUGGGCCUUUACAAGGGCACCCCUCCAAGUCUCCACAAGCCUAUGCUGGUUCCUGGAGCUGAAGGUCUAGGCUUGGAACGCAGAGUGGGGCCUGGAGAAAAGGCAUCUGAACUGGGCUUUGCAAGUGCUGGUGGCAGCUACCUCCGACUGCCAUGGCUCAGCCCCUACCCUGAAGCAAGCAUGUAUCCCUUUAUGGACACAUCCAAGUACGCGGCUCUAAGCAUGUACAAAGCCUCCUUGCUUGGCCAACCCAGCCACUAUCUUCCCCAGCACCUGGCAUACCCUUCUCUGUGUGCAGCCCAGGGGGGCAAUGUCAACCCUGCUGCAGCCGCCUCUGCUGCUGAGAGGCUCUACUAUAUGCCCCCCUAUCCUCCUUCUCCAAUCUCCUCUCCCCUGGUUGCGCCCCCUAUGAGGAUUCCUGCAGUCACAGUGGCCCCCACGUCGCUGGUACACUGCCAGGAUAAGGGGCUCGGUGUUGCACCUCAAUUUGCACAGCAGCUUCACCAACCAUCCCCUCAUCCUCAGCACCAUCAGGCUGCUAUCGAUAGGGACCGGUCCCCAAGCAGGAGCAGCAGACCAACCAGACCUCCCUCUAGGAAGGGCCCUAGCAGCAACAACAACAACAGUAGCACUAGCACUAGUGGCACCAAUGUCGGGAAUAAUAAUAGUCUGCCUACUGAUUCUUCACCUCAUGCAUCUUCUCGCCUCCCCCAACCUCCCCCUCCCCCUGCUCUCAUUGACAAUUCACUGGAUUUACAAAGGCCAGUCCCUAGGAUAGGACAACCACCCACCUCCUCCAAUUCUUCGAUAUCUGCUUCAUCCUCAUCCACGCAGUCUAUUCCUCAUCCAUUCUCUGUGAGCAGCAUGGCAUCAGAGCAGCCCUCUCCUGCCCGGCCCAGCCCCCACAAACCUAGGCCAAGAGAUGGGGCACCUGAGCACAGAAGUGUAGGGGUUGAGAGGAGACCUAGCAGAUCACCCUCCAAACCAAAUUUUGAGAGGCCAGCUCACCAACCCCAAGCAACCAAAGACUCAGCAGAGAAGCCCUUGGAUUUGUCUGGAAGAAUACUGGAGUUUGGACUGCCUCCGAAUGGAUUCACAGUUAAGAUGGACACUAUAGCAUCAGGUGCACGUUAUGGACUGCCCUCUAGCAGAGAGCUCCUAAAGGAAAACCUACCCCUCUCUCCUUCCUCCCAUCCUCACUCUGUGGUUAGCAGCACUUCUUCAAAGGUCUCAGAGAGGCCAGAGAUGAUCAGCACUUUACACUCCUCCUGGGUGGUACCUAGCCCAUCUCCUUCCCAUACACAGCACACACCAGGCUUGCCCCCUUCCCCAAGGCCUAACACAGACCUGGGCCUUUCACAAGCAAAAGGGUCCUCGCCCUCUGUCAUCAAACACAAAGGUCUGGAGAGAGUGCUCCCUCAGCAACGUAGCUCAUCCUGUCCAAGGAUAGGGGAGCUGAACCAUAAUGUUUCCUCCACUCAACACUCCUCUCUGGUCAACUCCAGGGCUCAUUCUCCUAAACCCAAUGGUGACUGGGUUAAAUCCAGCCCCAGCCAAUCAGAACAUCCAACAGUCGUGGGCCACCACAGAGAGGGAAUGGAGAAGUCCUCCCAGAUCACUAAGAGAGGUGAAACAACUCCAGAGGUGUCAUCAUACAAGAGGCCUUGUUUAGAGAAUGGCCACCUUUACCUUCCUCAAAGUGAGACUUACCUGAAUCACAGUUUGGCAUAUGCCAAUAGAUACCUGCACUACCCCAUCCCUGAUGGCAUGGCACUACACUCCCUGCCAAUUACAGGGAAAGGCCCAGUCUACCCUCACCCAGUAUUGCUGGGCAGCAACAGCCUUUACCCAACCCACCUGGCAGCAGCAAAACACCCAUUACCGUACCACAACCUCCCAGCUGGUCCAGGAGGAGAAUACCUCACUUAUAACUCACAGGAGAUGGCCCAUCCCUUGAUGCAGACUCACUCAGACAAGCUGCCAGAAAGGGGAGAGGCUACUUUAAAGCACCGGGGUCAGGAGAAAUCCCGGGGAACUCAUGAAGAAUGCGGGGGCCACAGAGAUCACAAUAGUGGGAAAGAGAUAAUUGAAGGAAGCCAAAUUAAGCCUGAUAGGGAAGCAGGAGCACACGGACAGAGUGGCAGUCAAAGCAAAGCCCCUUCUUCCUCCUCUGUAACAUCCAUAGAAAAGAUUGUGUGCAUUGACCUUGUACAUUCAGACACAGAUAUUGAGUCUACCCCAACAGUCCACAAACAGCCUUCUGCUGGCACCAGCACCAAGGUUAACCAAAAUGAAUGUUGUCAUAGUAACCAAAAUCGGACAAAGACUGACUACGAGCCAAAACACCAACACCACCUUUCCCAUCCAUAUCCAAUCCACUCUGGACAGCCCCCCACCCUGAAGCCCAGUCACACUGAUAGGCAGCCAGAAGCUCCCUUUGGGAAACCAAAGGUUUUUCAGGACACAGGCUGCCCUGGGGUGACAUCUAGCACAACCCCAUCUUCUCCAGGACAGGUCGCCCAAGCAGAGGAGAGCCCGGAGGAACAGAGCCCCAGCCCAGAUACUGGAGACCAAGAUCAGAGCACCUUACGCUGUGCCCGCACAUCUGGUGAGCGCAGCUCCGGUAAGGAAAAGGGGGACAGAGAGAGCCGAGCUCUUCACCUCUCUCAGCACUGCGCAGAUGUGGUGAAGGAGGAGAAGGUGUGUGAGAGGGAGACAGAAAAGGAAGACAGUAUUGUCGACCUAGGGGAGUCUCAAGGAGAAGGAGAUGAGGAGGAAGAGGAGGGUAGCCAGACUUCAUCUAAAAGCGCUCGUAGAUCCAGUCUGGCCAAGAGGAUCGCUAACUCCUCAGGCUACGUUGGCGACCGCUUUAAAUGUGUCACCACUGAGCUGUAUGCUGACUCCAGCAAGCUGAGCCGUGAACAGAGAGCUCUGCAGAUGGAAGUCAUAUCACGAGAGGGGAGUAAUAUAAGUCAACCUGCAGCUAACUGGGAGCGGGCAAUGAUGCGGUUCUCGGAGCUGGAGCUGAAGGAGAAGGAGGGUGGCGGUGUGUGUGUGUCUGCCUCGGCAGCGGCAGCAGGACGGGAGCUGGCAGACGGCCAGCAAAGAGAGCGAGUGCUGGAACACUGCCAAAACACCACCAGGCAGGGAGAGAGGGAGGAUGAGCGUGAGCAGGACAAUCCUGACGAAGAUGACGAUGACGAGGUGCGGAAGCUCAAGGUCUGCAUCGAGCUGAAGGGACUGCGACUCAGCAAGCCCGCUGCUGGCGCAGCCUCACCUGACGGCUCCCAAAUCAAACAGGAGAGGGCGUGGCCCCAGUCCCGCUUGGUGGCCCCAGCCCAGAGCCUACGGGAGCGCAAGAUCAGGGCUGGCGAACCGGAGGAAAGAGCUGCGGUGCAGAGAGCCGAGAUCAACAGGAAAUGGGGCUGCGAGAAGCUACUUAAUGGAGUAGCUGCUUCUCCCCUUCCCCCCGGCCAACUGAAGGACAGAGUGCAACCGCUGGGCCCCUUCUCAGGUGACCGUGGCCUCAAGGAGCUCAGGAGGGGCCCCCCCUCUCCGGCCCCACAGCCGUCCGUGGGAGGCACCCCUCCCCUCAAGCCCCGUCGCCAUAGUGACACGGACAAACCCAAGGGCAAGCGGCCGUGCAAGACCAAACACACUAGUCAGCGGGAGCGGGAGAAAAGGAAAGAGGCCACACCUAACAGCCCGGGCCAGCGCUGUGUAGCUGAUCUGGGAGCAGCUGAAGAUGACAAGCUGAGCGAGCAGCGUGGCGCUCUGAGGAAGGGAGCCGCCUCUCCUAAUCAUUAUCCCUGCUCUCCAGUCAAGCCGUGCUCCCCCGCCGCGCUCUGUCCGCCCUGCCUGCAGCCCCAGGCGAACAGCAGAGGGGGCGGUGUCCCACCAGAGGCAGCGGGGCUGCACAGAACCCCCCCUGCCGAGCCCCCCGCGGUGCGUCCGAUCCCGCCAGAGGCUCGCCGGCUGAUCGUGAACAAGAACGCCGGAGAGACUCUGCUCCAGAGAGCCGCACGGCUGGGCUACGAGAUUAUUUUGCUGACCUUCAGGGCCGCUCAGAUGACGACCCAGGGCUUUAUUGGGAAUUCUAUGGCAGCGCUGUUUGUGAGUCCAGCGAAGAGGGCGGUGUGUAUGACAUCCUGGCGGACCCUCCGGGCCCAGAGGAUGAGGAUGAGGAGGAUAAAAAGGAGGUGUUUGAGUUUGAGUUCUCUGACCGACCUCUGCUGCCUUGCUACAACAUCCAGGUGUCCCUCUCCCAAGGGCCAAGAAACUGGCUGCUGCUGUCCGAUGUGCUUCGUCGGCUGCGGAUGUCUGCUCGCGGUUUCCGACAGGCCUUCCCCCACAUGGAGGUGGUGACGGUGGCAGAGGCGGAGUUUUACCGACAGGCCUCUCUGUCGCAGCUCUUUUCCUGCCCAGAGGAACUGGACGGCUUCCAUCCAGACAGCAAGGACCUGUUGGACCUGGUGGAAGACAGCGCUGAGCUGGCCGCUCUUCUGGGGUCCACACUGGAGUGCCUGGACGACCACUGGGACCACCCGGGGGACAAACUGAAGGACAAAAUCAAGGCUGUUGGCAAGUUGGGCUCAUCCUGACCCCUGACGCCACUGGACCUGGACCUUGAUCCAUACCGACUGCAGUUUGCUUUAGAACCAACCAGAGGUUAUGAUGAUAUGCCUUAGCCUGACCCUUAGUUCCCAUGCUCCGGCCCUGCUCUGGACCAGCACUGGUGCACUGUACAGAUGAACUGACCUGCUGGCUGACUGGGCUGCUCCCUCCGUUAACUGAGGAUCAAUGCAUUUGUGACUCAAUAGACUUAAUAAUGGUCUUAUUUUUAUAAAUUAAUAUAUGUAUAGAUAAAUAAAUAAAUAAAAAAUAUAUAUAUAAAUAUAUAUAUAUAUAUAUAUAAAUAUAAAAUAUCAAGAGAUUUUUGUUCAUUUCGGAUGUUGCUCAUGACUCCUCUUAAAGAUUUUAUAUGGCAACAGAGUGUAGUCGUGUUGUCAGCGAUUGGAGGGAGUGUGUGAGCACGCAGCACGUCGUGCCCAUGUGUAGUUGUACAGGAUAGUACUGAGACUGUGCUAUUGAAUGUGGUAUUUGUGUUUAUAGGAAGCACAUGAUGUCCUUUUUUGUGCUUUUUUUUUUUUUCUCCUCAGACUUUAGCGCUGGCUUGAGCCUCAGGGGCUAUUCUAUUGUACCUUUUUUUUAUGUUCAAAUUUUGCUUCCUGUUUAGUGUAAUUUAACAUGCAAAACUACAAAACUGUUUGUAUAAUAAAGUUUUAAGAUAAUGUUGAUAUUCACCCUUCGGCACAGAGCUUGUGUAUAUAACAGGGAGGCUACUGCAGUAAAGUAAGUUUUGGUGUGUUCAUUUUUGUUUUAACUUUGUAAUUAAAAUAUCUCAUAAUUUGUAUUUAUAUUUUACAAAAGAAGUUGCUUUAAAAUAAAUAUACAAACUGCAAGAGGAAA